AUGACGCGCCUGAAGAAGCACAACUCGAACGAGAGCUCGGCAGAUGGACGCACGGGGGAGGGGGGCGGUAACCCGAGCCCCGGGGCAGAUGCCGCGCAUCUGCGCAUCUGCCGCCCGCGGAGCGGCGGCGGCGGCGGCGGCGGCGGCGGGGGCGGCGGCGGCGUCGCCGUGCCGCCGCUGGUGCCCAGCCCCGUGUUCGCGCUGCCCACGCUCAACUUCACGGUGUCGCAGGUGGCGGCGGUGUGCGAGACGCUGGAGGAGAGCGGCGACAUCGAGCGGCUGGCGCGCUUCCUGUGGUCGCUGCCCGUCGCGCACCCCAACGUCGCCGAGCUGAACAAGUCGGAGGCGGUGCUGCGCGCGCGCGCCAUCGUGUCCUUCCACGGCGGCAACUUCCGCGACCUGUACGCCAUCCUCGAGCACCACAAGUUCACGAAGGAGUCGCACGGCAAGCUGCAGGCCAUGUGGCUGGAGGCGCACUACCAGGAGGCGGAGAAGCUGCGCGGGAGGCCCUUGGGCCCCGUCGACAAGUACCGCGUGCGCAAGAAGUUCCCGCUGCCGCGCACCAUCUGGGACGGCGAGCAGAAGACGCACUGCUUCAAGGAGCGCACCCGCAGCCUGCUGCGCGAGUGGUACCUGCAGGACCCCUACCCCAACCCCACGAAGAAGCGCGAGCUGGCCCAGGCGACGGGGCUCACGCCCACGCAGGUCGGCAACUGGUUCAAGAACCGCCGGCAGAGAGACCGCGCCGCCGCCGCCAAGAACAGGUUAGUGCAGUCUCGAGCUGCUCGCGGAACCUCCGUCGCGAGGCGGCGGGAGUUCCAAGGCCUCCCAGGAGACGGCAGAGACUCGUUGCUCGGCAACUCGCGACCCUUGCCCUCGACGCCGGGCGGCAGAGGUGGCGCGGCCGGCACCAGUACCCUCGUGGUGACGUGUUUGCGGGGCACCCUGUGCUUCCGGCAGCAGCUCCCUGUGGCGACGUGUUUGCGGGGCACCCUGCGCGGCCGGACUGCCCGCCGGGAAACCACAACUUAUUACGCCCUCACGCAUUAG